AUGUCACCUUCACGACAACAAACUAUUCGUAACGAAACAACAAAAGAAGCUUAUGAUAGUAUGGAUAUUGACGAGCCACAAAAAAAUUUACCAACUUCUCGAAGUUCGACAGUAUAUUCUAUUAACAAUUCAAGUUCACAAAGCGCAUUAGCACAAGCAAAAGUUGAUCCAGAAGUAGUUUGGGCGGCUGCUCAUUUAUUUAUUUUAUCUAAUCAAGCUAGAAAUAACUAUUUAGUUGAUUCAAAUUCAAACGUUGUCGAUGUUUCGGCUGCUAAUCGUUCUAGUGCCAUGUCUUUGUCAAAUUUACUUUUACCUGAUGAAGCCAAUUCUUCUUCAAAAGCAACGAAUGAUGCUCCUUCGUUGCGAGAGGAUGGUGUUCAUAAUCGAUUGAGAGAAAGUUUUGUCAAUUAUGGGAUUGGCGAUUGA